AUUAUGAUAUAAAUUAAAUGAAAUUAAAAUUUAAUGUAUUUAUCAAGCAGUUUUUUCUAAUACAUUACAUGUAGUUACAUAGUUUUUUCUUAAAGCUAUUGUUGAGUCACUAAAUUCUAAAGGAAUAUUAAAAUGACGACAAUUUUGUUUCCAAUUGCGUAUUUCAUAUUUUUUUCUGUGUUUUUACAAAUUGAAGCACCAACCAGUUCAAAAUGGAAGGCGGCAUGUAUAAAAAACUUUUUAGAAACUGAUCAAUGGAAAAGUAUAAAUGAAGUUGAUUUUAUUUUUUAUUAUGGAUGCAAUUAUAAUCUAGAUGAAAUAGAAAGGAUAGAUAUUACACCUAAAAAUUGCUUGAAACGCAUACGAUUAUCUACGAUAUAUUUAAGAUGAUCGUAUGCAAAUGUUUUAAAAAGAAUUUUCAUACUUAUAGAUUACUUUCAAGAACAUUGUAAAUCGUUAAUACAUAGCGAAAACCAAAAUGUCAAAGCGAUCCAUUGCACUAUUAUGUUAUUAAAUACUAUUUCUACUAUCUUAUGUCCGUUAGUAAAGCUAAUGAAAGGAGCUUUAGAUUAUAUGGACACAUUACAUGUUGAGCCUUGGAUAAAAGGUUCAAAGAAAAACUAUACAAUGAAUAAAAUGUUAUCAUCCUUAUCAGAUGAGUCUUUUUUAAACUUUUUAUCACCUUCAGUAAUCCAUUCAUCGACUAUUGAAAAUAAAUUAAUUACAAUAAAAAAAUUUUUUUACAUAAGACGCAAGGAACUAAAUAUCGACAUGAACUUUUGUCAUUUUAAAGACCCCAUUGAUUUUAUUUCAGAUAUUCAAAUAUUAAAUAACGAAUAUGAAAAUUUAAAAACCAAAGAAAACGAAAAAUUCUAUCAUUUUCUAAGAAUAAAAAUCGAAAAUGAAGCACAAUGGACAAUCAAAAACAGGUACAUAGAUUUAGGUUUUCAGUACAAAAUAAAUACCUAUGAGACAUUUAUACCAUCACUGCAAGAGCAGAAGAAGCCCAAAGUGAAUAUAAUUUUAUCAGAGGAUUUAUCUAAAACAUUACCACAUGAUAAUACUGAAAAAGAAACGAAUAUAAUUUUAUCAGAAGAUUUAUCUAAAACAUUACCACAUGAUAAUACUGAAAAAGAUCGCUUUCAAAAUCAUUGUGAAUCGUUGUUAAAUAGUGAAAACAAAAAUGUCAAUGCGAUCAAUUGCACCACUGAGUUAUUAGAUACUAUAUCUAGUAGCUUAAUUCCGUUAGUAAAAUUGAUGAAAGGAGCUUUAGAAUCUAUAGAUAAAAUCCAUACUAUACCUCGUAGUAACCAUAUAAAGAAUGAUUUUAUAUUGAAUAAAGUGAUAACAUCCUUACAACAUAAUACAUUUUUAAACUUCUUAACAUCAACACGAGUCAAUUCGUUGAAUACAUCUAAUAUAUUAAUCACAUUAAAACAUUUUUUUUCCAAAAGACACCCUGAACUAAAUGUUAACAAGGAAAUUUGUUAUCCGAUAAAAAACUUGAAAUUUUCUUCAUUUGGGCAACACACAAAUCACCAAUAUAAUAUAUUAAAAAACAAAGGAUUCAGAGGUACUGAAAUGGAGGUCUAUCAUUUUCUAAGAAACAGAAUUAAACUAAUAGUGCAAUGGGCAAUAAAAAAAAGAUAUGAUGGUUUAGGUUUUCAGUGCAAUUUAGAUACCCAUGAGACAAUUUUCCCAUCACUUUCAGAACAGUCGAAGCGCAAAAUUAAUAAAAUUCCAUCAGAAGAUUUAUCUGAAUCAUUACUACAUGACAAUAUUGAAGAAGAAAUGAAUAAAAUUCCACCAAAAGAUUUACCUGAAUCAUUACUACAUGACAAUAUUGAAGAAGAAGAAGAAAAUUUAGAAGAUAUAUUACUGGAAAUUCCAAAUGAGUUUUUACCCAUCAACAUGUACCUUUAAAUUCUUUUUUACAUAUGUAUGUUAUCAUAAUUUAAAAUAAUUGUUAAAUGUAUGAAAUAAAAUAUAUUUUCAAUUUUUAUGAAUUUUUA